CGAAGUGGCGGCGCCGAGAGAGCGCCGCGAGGACAUCGCGAUGAACAAUCUGGAGCAGGAAGCAGAGAGUCCUGUGGAACAACGGGAUGCCAGACGAAAACAUUCCUGUGCAUUGCCCAUGUUUCACUCUACCUCGCGUGGCCUGGACGAGGGCAUGGUUGACGAAUCGGCAGAGUUGAGGUGUGUUGCUGUACGCUACUUCCACGGUCGGUUCCUUCAAGCGCUCGGAUCGACUGCUGCAGCUUCUUCGUCGUUAUCGAUCAGUCGCCAAUGGUUCUCCAAGUCCGACAAGCAGAAGGAACGUCUCGAUUAUGCAGCGUUUCUCCGGUUGUUUCCAGAUUUGAAGCAGCGUGUUGGCGGCACAGCUGCCCAAGCUUGCUGGCGUCUCUUUCAGCCUGGCGAUGUUCAUGCCUGCCUUCGCGUGCUGAAGGGAAUGUUCACUGAUCCGCACGAUUUUGUCUUUGACUGGUUCACAUCAUCGUCGUUCGGGUUCAUCAAAUCUAAGGAUGCCAUGUCAAAGAAGGAUAUGAAAGCCCUGUCAGAUUCGCUUGGUCGAAACGCGUCAGCAGCCUUCGCAUUUCACACCAUGUCGCGCACGCAGUUCAAGGACCACGUUUCCCUCUCAGUCUUGACUUCUCUGUUGUCCAUAUUCGACGUCUUUCCGUCACGAGAGCUCGAACGUGCUCAAAUUCAAACGGUCGCCUCAUCAACGACGACGGCGGACGAGUUGAAUGGGUACAAGGUAUCCAUGUCGUGGUGGAGGCAAUGGUUGGCAUACACAUCGUUCAGUUCCUCGUCUUGCCGCCGAAGUUCAGUCAACAACCAGGUCGAUUCGGACUGUCACGACGACGCUGUCGCCUCCGCUCCGCGACCUCCGUCAGUAUACAACCUCGACUUGCUCGACCCUGCCACAGGUCAGUUGAAAUCAAAUCUUGAGCGGCACCGCGACUUCGAAGUUGUCUCGGCUGCGUCCUGGAACGCCCUCAUGGAUCUCUACGGCGGUGGUCCAGCCCUUCCUCACAGUACGUUCGGUUCCAAAGCCAACGUCGACCACCCUAUCAACGUGUAUCUGGCCGAACGCGACGGGCGACCCAGCCAACGCCAUCGCCUAGUACAGUUGCUGCAUCCAGUUCCAUCAGCCCCGGAACUCGUGCAUGCGAUCGCGUCGCUCUUUGAAAUAAAAGUUCCCAUCCACGAGGUCCGCCUAUGGCAUCGCCAACCCAACACUCCACAUGCCCCCGAUCACGGCAACGACGCCAAAGAUGACAAAUGCUCGGAAUGGUCGCUGUGGGACACCCAGUCGAUGCUGCUGACAGAAGUGUUGGUAGAAGUUCAAUCGUCGGCAAAUGAGUGGCCUCGGAUGAAGCUCAAAUCGACGCGCGACUUCCGACCGUUUCGAAUCGGCGACGCCGUCGACGCCUUCGAUUGCGAGCGAGUAUGGCGCGCGGGCAUUGUCCAGCGCGUAAGUACGCUCGAAACGAACCGUGUGUGCAUCCACUUCACGGGCUUCUCGUCCAUCUUUGACGAAUGGAUUCAUGAGGAGUCGGGGAAGCUGCAGCCGCGCAACUCACGAACACUCUCGGCCAAGGACGCAGUACUGAACCCGGGGCUCCCACAUGGCGGUGUAGGUCUCGUCAACCUCGGCAACACGUGCUACUUGAAUUGUUCGAUGCAGUGCUUGUCCGCCAUUGCGGCGUGGCGGACUUACUUUCUCGACAAAACGUUUGUCCGGCACAUCAACCGUCACAACAAACUGGGAACGAAAGGCAAAGUUGCUGUCGCGUUUGCGUCGCUGCUGGCCAACAUGUGGAAGCCUGGGAGCCACUCGUCGACCCAGAUUACGUCUCCGUUUGAAUUUCGAAAGAUCUUUGCCAAGGUGAAGCCGCAGUUUGACGGGUGCGACCAACACGAUGGCCACGAAUUUAUGGCGGCGCUGCUGGACGCCAUCCAUGAAGACUUGAAUUGUCCAACUCCGCCAGACACAAGCCCCAAGCAUGCCACCACGCUGCGGAUGUCGUUGUCUCAGCAGGUGACGCCCACCACGACGUCCGGAUCGGAGGACAGCCACUGGGCUCAAUUGGCUUGGCAGCAGCACCUGCAGCGCAACCAGUCGAUUGUGGUCGACCUGUUUCACGGCCUCCUGCGCAGCCAAACCACGUGCGGUCAGUGCGGAUUUCGAAGGGUCCAGUUUGAGCCGUGUUUGUUCUUGAGCUUGCCGAUAGCACAAUUGAACGCGAAGCCGAUUGUCUUGCGAGUAUGGAUGCAUCCGUUGGAUCCGAGUGUUGCGCCGCACGUCAUCCAUGUAACCCUUCGAACCCGCGAAGGCAAUGCGAAGAUGGUGCUGGAUGAAAUUGCGAAUCAAGUGUCGAUCAGGGCCGACCGACUGCGGCUCAUUCAAGUGCAGCAACACCGAUUUUCAAGGCUCAUUGCAGUCGACACCCUCACAUGCGACUUGGAGUCGGCUGUACUGUGUUGUUUCGAGCGCAAGAAUAGCCCAAAGACGUCGUCGCUGUCCAUCAUUGACAUCCAAGUAGUCCAUCGGGUGGUAAGUCCCAGCGCGGGGAGCUCGCUGUAUACCCUCGUGGGUCUUCCUUUCGUCCUGUCCAUUGACGCAGAAGCAACUUGUGACGACGUUCAUGCGCAAUUGGAGUCGACUCUGCGGCGAUUUGUCGACUUUCCGGAAGGGGCCGACGCGUACAGAGUGCGAACAGUCAGCCAAGCGAACUUGAGUUCUGAUAUGGGCACGUGCAUUCCGCAUUCGGCCACAGAUGGGCUGAUGUCGUACUUCAUGCCGCCUCAGAUGCUCGUGGUCGACUGGCAGACCGCCGAGUUCGUGGACUCGCACGAAGGCAUGCGAAUGAUGCUGACGGAGCAGCCUCGUCCCAAGGUCACGUUGGAAAUGUGCCUGGAGAACUUCAUGACGCAGGAAGACAUCGUCGAUGGCCUCUGGUCGUGUGAGUCGUGUCAUGCGGCGGACGGCCGUCGACAAAUGGACCUUUGGAAGUCGCCCGACGUCCUCAUGCUGCACCUGAAACGGUUCCACUACUCGAUGGUGCAACACCACAAAGUCCAAGAACUGGUCCACUUUCCCCUGGAAGGAUUGCAGCUGCGACCGUUCACGGGCGCCGCUCCCGUCGACGAUGACGCAAACUGCGACGUGUACGACCUGUACGCAGUUGCCAACCACACGGGUGGGUUAAGCGAAGGCCAUUACACGGCGUACUGUCGCUACGAUUUGACGAGUCCGCAGUCGUCCCACCCACACGUGGUCCCGCCCUCACACAUUUGGCUCAACUUUGACGACGAAGUCGUGAGCGAACUCCCGCGGUCCAAGGUCGUGUCCAAUGCAGCUUACGUCCUGUUCUAUCGAAAGCGGGUGCUGUCCACGACGUCAGUCCUUCGUGUAAUUUAGUCGUACCUCGUGUCACGGUUGGCACAGCGCAACGAAGGGUUCAUUGCUUUCGAUGCGGAUCCUUGCCAUUCCAUGGUUGACCACCGAUGCGCCAUGGCACGAUCGAGUACUGGAUCGUUUGCGCUGUGGAUCACUUGUACGCCCGCCUCUCAGAACUGGAAGACAGACCUUCAGUACAUGUACCGCCUUGGAAUGCCAUCGAAGUCAUUUUGAUGGCACCAAGAUUCACGUGGAGACCCGUCCACCGAGAGCAAUCCUGGACGGGCUGGAGUUUCGAUGACGAGAGCACCACAUGACUUACGUCCUCACGCCAUGACGCGGCCUUGAUGGUGUGUGGCCGCUACCUCCGUCGACAUUGGGACGUUUCGCCAACCUGUUGGCAAUAAUUUGACCAAUCAAUCGCAUUAGAUGUGGGUGACUUCACG